AGGAGGUGGUAUUGGGGACUCUCGCCUCACUCUCGCCGUGCCGUCGUCGGCCAUAGUAGAAAAUGGCGGGUACUAGCUUACGUGAAUGACGACGACCGUGCUCGACCGAGAGAGCUUAUUGUCGCACAGUCGCGGAGGAAAUUCGAGUGUACGGUGUGUGCUUCGCCGCGGUACGGUUAUAUCAGCGAGAUCAAUUGUGUGUCAUAUGAUUUACUUGGGGGGUAAAGAUGCAGAAUGUAGCGCAAGGAACGACCUCGGAUAGCCAGAAAAGCUACGAGAGACAGUCAGCAGCAGCAGCAGCAGCAGCAGCAGCAGCGGCGGCGGCACCACCACCGAUACCACCGCCAGCGAGCGUUCACCACGACACUGGGAAGUCGUCGUCGACCCCCCAGUCGUCGAAUUCGAGCCCCACGAAGUCGGAGACGGAGACCUUCUCCGAGCUGCAGCCGCGCUUUAUGACCGAUUCCUCGGAGAGCGAGGAGGACAGCGUUUCCGAGGUGGAGUGCUUUGCGAUCGAUCAGGUUGAACUGGACGAAGAUCAUCCGGAAUCGUCGAAAUUCCUAUUGACUCCUGAGGAUCCUGAGCGCUCCGUGGAUCCUGAGACUCAGGCGCGUCUCGAGGCACUUCUCGAAGCAGCCGGAAUUGGGAAACUAUCGUCGGGCGAUGGAAAGCACUUGCCCGAUCACGAGGUGCUCCGUCGCUUAACAUCGAGUGUUUCUUGUGCAUUGGAUGAAGCUGCGGCAGCAUUAACACGUAUGCGCAGUGACAAUCCACGUACCCCGAACGAAAAGCGCUCUCUCGUCGAGGCGUGUACCGAUGGAGAUGUCGGUACCGUUCGGAAAUUGUUAACGGAGGGCCGGAGCGUCCACGAGACCACCGAGGAGGGAGAGAGUCUGCUCUCUCUGGCUUGCUCAGCCGGUUACUACGAACUUGCUCAGGUACUUUUGGCGAUGAAUGCUAACGUAGAAGAUCGCGGCAUCAAAGGGGACUGUACCCCUUUGAUGGAAGCUGCUAGUGCAGGGCAUGUAGAUAUCGUGUCUUUGCUGAUUGCUCACGGGGCCGAUGUUAAUGCUCAGUCUACAUCAGGUAACACACCUCUCAUGUACGGAUGCGCCGGCGGACACGAAGAGGUUGUACGUGUCUUACUAGACUCGGGGGCCAAUGUCGAAGAUCACAAUGAGAACGGUCAUACACCUCUGAUGGAAGCGGCGAGCGCCGGGCAUGUUCAAGUAGCCAAGAUCUUGCUUGAACACGGAGCCGGCAUCAAUACUCAUUCCAAUGAAUUUAAAGAAUCCGCAUUGACGUUGGCCUGUUAUAAAGGACAUUUAGAGAUGGUUCGCUUUUUACUAGAAGCUGGCGCGGAUCAGGAGCAUAAAACCGAUGAGAUGCAUACCGCCCUUAUGGAGGCAUCAAUGGAUGGUCACGUGGAAGUUGCUCGUUUACUUUUAGAUUCAGGUGCCCAAGUCAAUAUGCCGACAGAUAGUUUUGAAUCGCCAUUAACAUUAGCUGCCUGCGGAGGCCACGUGGACUUGGCUAUGCUUUUGAUUGAACGUGGAGCAAACAUCGAGGAAGUUAACGACGAGGGUUAUACGCCAUUGAUGGAAGCAGCGCGGGAGGGUCAUGAAGAAAUGGUCGCCUUACUUUUGAGUCAAGGUGCAAACAUCAACGCCCAAACUGAGGAAACUCAAGAAACGGCGCUUACCUUGGCUUGUUGCGGUGGUUUCCUGGAAGUUGCCGAUUUUUUAAUCAAGGCGGGAUCAGAUAUCGAGCUGGGCGCAUCCACUCCUCUGAUGGAGGCUGCGCAGGAAGGGCACUUAGAUCUUGUUCGAUAUUUGCUGGAAUCUGCGGCGGAUGUACAUGCUCAGACGCAGACGGGGGAUACGGCAUUGACAUACGCGUGCGAGAACGGUCACACUGAUGUUGCUGACCUUUUAUUACAAUUUGGCGCUGAUCUAGAACAUGAAUCGGAAGGAGGUAGAACUCCACUGAUGAAAGCUUGUAGAGCAGGCCAUUUGUGUACAGUUCAAUUCCUCAUCUCAAAGCGCGCUGAUGUCAAUCGACAAACAACAAAUAAUGAUCAUACGCCCCUUUCAUUGGCAUGUGCUGGUGGUCAUCUUACAGUGGUUGAGCUACUUCUUGCCCAAUCUGCGAAUCCAUUUCACAAGCUAAAAGAUAACUCCACUAUGCUAAUAGAAGCGGCAAAAGGGGGUCAUACUGCUGUUGUUCAACUAUUAUUGGACUAUCCUCAUAGCAUUAUGAUGAGUGCUCCUCAUAGUGCUGCACCUGCGCCCAUGUUAUUACCGCAGCAGCAGCAGCAGCAGCAGCCGCAACCACAACAGCAGCAGCAGCAGCAGCAACCACCACCACAACAGCAACAACCACAACAUAUAAGUCAACAACAUGUACCUCAUUCCCAGCAAACGUCUACGCCAUCACAGCAACAUCCACAACAACAACAGCAGCAGACCACCGAGCAACAAGCGCAAAAUCUUCAACCCAAACACAAUACGCAAAAGUCAUUGUUGAGAAAGAAUCGAUCAGUGACUAUGAUGCCCGACAUGAGCCUUACUUCUGCCGAAGCGCAACAAGUUCGUUCGCAGCCCGCAGGAGAAUCAACCACUACUACCAAGGAUGAUACCAAUAUUCUUGAUAAAGGCAGUGGGGGUUUUACAAGUUUGUCAGAACCUAAUAUUAGUCUUAGUCCGACACCAGCAGCGUCAACGCAAGUAAUACACGUCAGCGAAAGUCGGAAAACUAUAACUAGACAAGAGCAAAUCCUUCAUAAGCAACAAAUACUUGAGGAAUUACAAAGGGUAGAACGAGAACUACAAAUUAAAGGUGCAGGACAUUUGUUUUCUGGUCCGCGGAAUUCAAUUGUAAAUCAAUCUCAACAACAGCAACAACAACAGCAACAAGAUCCUAGCGAGACAGAGGCAUUAUUACCGGGCAUGUUGAAUAUUGACCUGCCAGCUCAGUCAACAUCUCAUGGUUUAGUUUGCAAUACAACUGGUAUGUCUGGUGGUUCAUUGACGUAUCCAGGAGCUAACGACGCAGCGUUGGUGUGCAGCGCUUACCUCGAUGGUAAGAUAAUGGGGAUGCAAGCUGCGCAGUUCCAGAAAUCCACGCUUUCCGUGGUUCCAACCGCGACGGAAACGUUUCCCACAAAUACAUUUCCUUCCUCGCCACCCUUAUCUCUCGCGACAUUACCUGUUACAACCACCACCGUUGGAUCACUCAUUAGUGCUACUUCUGCAACAACCACGCCGAGUCCGCCGAGCAUUUCUACCCCACCAACCGUUAUAGCCGUUUCCCAAUCCCCUAUAACUGCAAGCAGCGAUGUCAGCCAAAAUACUGCUAUUAGCGAUCGUCCGAAAGCUAAGCCUGUGUCCAAGAAGGAAGGAAAGAACGUACGAAAAGCUACGUCCAGCAUGGGGAUGGCGAAAUUACAACAGACACAAGCGACUAUAAUGGCUGGACUACAUCAACAGUAUCAGCAGAAACAACGUCAGCAUCCUUCCUAUCAAGUGCAACAGGUUCAGCAGCUGCAGCAACUCAAUCAGCAAUUGCAACUCCAGUUGGAUCAAGUACAGAUACAACAGCAAUCACAGCAGCCACAAUCGCAACCGCAACAAUCUCACCAACAAACUCAUUCACAGCAGCAAACCAACAUAGUUGCUAAUAGCACGGGUAGUAUACUCAUGCCCACUCAACUAAUGUCACACUUGCAUCCUACGCAUCACCAUUUGCACAGCCAGCAAACGGGUCAAGAAAAUCUUCCCGAGCAAACGGAUCCUGAGUUAACGCGAAAGUACAGAGAAAGCGCUUGCGCGUUUUUUACUGGCGCUCAGAAAUCUAAAACCUUUUCUCCGAACGAACGAGUAUUGAAAUUAGAAGAUGGCACGGAUAUUCCUAUCGACGAUGCAUUUGAAAUUUUUCGCUCCAUUAGUUUCGAUGAUGCGGUUGACACGACAGAAGAUCAAGAAAAGCUUGAGUUGAAAAGAUUGGAUGUAUCGAAUAAUAAAGAGCAGCAGCAGCAGCAGCAACAACAACAGCAGCAGCAGCAACAUUUGCAUACUACCCAAAUAGUUCAACAAAGCGGAAGUCCUCACGCUUCUCAAGAGUACUUUACUCCUGUACUGUCAGUACCUUCGGUUUCUUUACCGGCCUUACCGUCGUUACAAGUGACCAGCGCUGGCGUUCAAAUAGAAGCAGACAUAUCAGCGGGCUUACAACUAUCAAAUACACAAUCCUUGCAAAAUCCAACGCUGAAGAAUCGUCUAAGAGCCUUUGAGGAAGGCUUUCGCCAGGGUAGUAUACAUUUUCGCGAAUGUAUGCAGCAUAUUAGCAGUGAUACUUUCCAACCUCAAUUGUUACUUCAGUCCUCUCAAAUAACAUUUCCUACACAAACAUUACCAGCUGUGAGUGGCACAACGGGAAUAAUAGAUAGUAUACCUUCUCAUCAGUCGAGCAGUUAUGUGCAAUCCACAACUUGCAGCACUAAUCAAGUUCAAGUUGCUACCCAGACCCAAGCGCCUGUUACUACAACAGCCGCAAACGUUGCUAUCUCUGACAAGAAGCAAGUGUAUACGGCACCGACAACUGGCAAGGGCAAGAAGGCUAGAUAUCCUCUUCUGUCGCAGCAACAGUCUUGCCAGCAGCAACAAACUGCCAAUGCUCAACAAACUCCUAAUUUUCCUGCGCAAAACUAUCAGCUGGAUCCAGCGACAGGUGAGAAUUGUGUCCCAUCGGUCGGUGGAUAUGCGUCUAACCAAGUUCCACCCGCUCCGUUCUCAUGCAUGGAUGUUGAUUCCGAAACCGACAGUAAUCACGACACAGCGCUGACCUUGGCUUGUGCGGGAGGGCAUGAAGAUCUUGUAGAACUGCUCCUGAGUCGCGGUGCGGAUAUAGAACACAGGGAUAAAAAGGGAUUUACACCACUUAUUUUGGCCGCAACGGCUGGCCAUCAGAAAGUGGUUGAGAUUCUACUCAAUCACGGAGCUGACAUAGAAGCACAAUCGGAACGUACCAAGGAUACGCCACUGUCUCUCGCAUGCAGCGGAGGCAGAUACGAAGUAGUUGAGCUUCUACUCAAUCGCGGCGCGAACAAAGAACAUCGCAACGUUUCCGAUUAUACGCCCUUGAGUUUGGCUGCAUCCGGUGGUUACGUCAACAUAAUAAAGCUUCUACUAAGCCAUGGUGCCGAAAUUAAUUCUCGUACUGGUUCCAAAUUAGGCAUAUCUCCCCUAAUGUUGGCUGCUAUGAAUGGUCAUACCGCGGCAGUUAAAUUACUAUUGGACAUGGGCAGUGACAUUAACGCGCAAAUCGAGACAAAUCGUAACACAGCACUAACACUCGCGUGCUUCCAAGGGAGACACGAGGUUGUUAGCCUUCUUCUCGAUCGGAAAGCUAACGUUGAACAUCGAGCUAAGACGGGUUUGACACCCUUGAUGGAAGCCGCUAGUGGUGGAUAUGUCGAAGUUGGGCGCGUUCUACUUAACAAAGGUGCUGACGUUAACGCGACGCCUGUUCCAUCAUCUCGCGAUACUGCCCUCACUAUUGCUGCUGAUAAAGGACACUGCCGUUUCGUAGAACUCUUAUUAAAUAAGGGGGCUUGUGUCGAUGUAAAAAAUAAGAAAGGGAACAGUCCACUAUGGUUAGCCGCAAAUGGCGGACAUCUUAAUGUUGUGGAUUUGUUAUAUCAUUCGCAGGCAGAUAUUGAUUCGCAGGAUAACCGUAAGGUUUCCUGUUUGAUGGCCGCCUUCCGUAAGGGUCAUGUUAAAGUGGUCAAGUGGAUGGUGAUUCAUGUAACGCAAUUUCCAAGUGAUCAGGAGAUGACGAGGUACAUAGCGACUGUCAACGACAAGGAACUUUUGGAAAAAUGCCAGGAAUGCGUUAAAGUGAUAAGAGCUGCCAAAGAGACGCAGGCCGCUAAAGCAAAUAAGAAUGCCACUAUACUAUUAGAAGAACUCGACAUGGAAAAAACGAGAGAGGAAUCGAAGAAAGCGGCUGCCGCGCGAAGGCGUGAGAGAAAGAAAAAGAAAAAACUCGAGAAGAAGGAGGAGAAACGUAAACUUCACGAAGAGUACAAGAAGAACGAGACAGCGUUUGAAGAUAAGGAAGAAAACGGGAAGAAAUCUGAUGAGGAAUGCGAUCGGGCGGACGACAGUGAGCACGAGGGCGGCGAUGAAAGGAUGGAGAGCGUGCCGUCUCCUGUAAACAGAAGCCCGGAAGAUCCCGAUAGAGAAGAAGGUGACAGUGGAAUAGAUGCAAACAGCCAGGGAAGCUGUAGUAGCAACGAUGUGAAAGCGAGAGAGAAAAAAAAGGAAAAGAAGAAAAAGAAGAACAAUAGUCCUAGUAACAACGAUAAGGAUACGUCCCCACAACGUUCGUCCAAGAGCCUUCUUUCGCAAAACACCAAUUUAUCUCAAAACACAGCGACAUCGACUAAAUCCCAGAAUAACACUUCGGAAAAGCGAAUUAUAACUAACGUUACCAGUGCAGUAUCUGUAUCUACAACUUCGGUCACAACCACUAGGACAUCCACCGUCAGUUCCGAUCGAAAGCUGAAAGGACAAUUGGUUUUCGAGUCCUCCAGGCAUCCUGCUGACAGAGAAGAUUUCGAAGCGACUGGCAACGAGACUUAUGUUCCUGGCAAAGGGAAAAAGUCUUAUAAUCAAUACGAUGGAGAUGCUCUAAAUACAUCGACGAAGGCGAAUAACACUAGCCCCAAGCAAAGCGGAAAACGCGAAGAGGGAUGGAAGGAAGUUGUACGAAAGGGACAAUCGGAUGAUUCGGGGAGAUUUAUGAAUUCACCGUACCGUUCGAAAAAGGUAAUUGUUCCCCCAACCGCUAUUAGCCGAGUAAUAGGUAGAGGUGGCAGUAAUAUAAAUGCUAUUCGGGUUGCAACGGGUGCACACAUCGAAGUAGAAAAGCAAAGUAAAUGCCAAAUGGAAAGAAGCAUUACAAUAAAAGGAUCAUCGGAUGCUAUGAAGAAUGCAUUUACGUUGAUAACGGUACUUAUUAAGGAUCCAGAUGUAGAUAUAGUCCACAUGCUUUCAAAAUUAAAACUGAAUGUAACAACAGCUUCGUGGGACAAAUCUACUUCUACUGUUACUCCAAGUAAAACGAAAAUUGGAUCUGUUAAUAAACCAUCUAAUCUGGCAUCUAGUACAACCAAUAACCAAGUUAAUAGAGCAGGUUAUUCUUCUACACCUAAUCCUUUAAUUCCUAUUCGUGCAUCUAGUAUGAAACUCGCUGGUUCUUUCUCUACUUCUUUGCCACGUGCGACAGCGCCUAGACUCAUGGCCGCAGCAGAGAAACGUGCGCAAGCCGUUGCCGCCCAAAUGGCGUCCUCGUCAAACACCAAGACGACAAUGUCGUAUACGAGUGCGAUUAUGACCGCCGGUAGGGCAGGAACGAAGAUUGUCACGACCAGCACGACGCAGACAUUCGCGGCGAAGCUAUCCGAGAUCACUGCCUCGACUCACAGUUCCACCACCGUCAUGCAGUCUACUCACACCACACCGGUGAACAAACAGCAGAAGCCCAUAGCGCAAGCCGCAACCGUGACUAUCAUGUCAUCAGCCACGUCUGCGGCGACCGCUCAUACAACCAGCCAGCAACAACAAUCCGUAGUCAGUACAUCGCCGAAACACUGCCGAUCACUGCCCAUCUUGUCCGCCCCGUCGGCAAUAGCAUCUCACUAUCCUGGGAAGUCGAGUUACCCCCCUUCAUCUGGAACGAUUGCAAUUUCAUCGUCGUCGGCCACAAAUACUGUGGUGACGACGAACUGUCCGGAAAAUUCGGUCGUCUCAACGUCAGCCAGUUCCGUUCGAGUGACACCUUCGCCGCCGAUUGUACCGUUGCAAGCGCAAACGUUGCCACCGCCACCAGCAACGGCACAGCAGCAGCAACAACAACCGAUGCAACAACAGCAAUCUCAGCAAAAUAUUCGCAGCACUACACCGAUCGUGACCCAGGAACAGCAACAGCAGCAGCAGCAACCUAGCAGCACGCCUCUGGAGUAUUCUCUGUUUAAUGAUACUUUCACUAAAGUCGCGCAGCAGUCAAUGUGGGGAGGAAGAGAAAAUGAAACUCAAAAGGGCAUGAAUUUCGCGACUGUUGCGGGCGGUGGUGUAUCGUCGAACACGAGCUCCGGUCCAUCUGCGGCUAAGUUCGACAGUUCCCCACCACAGGUAGACGCAUCCAAAGCUCCGGGAUACCGCGGUACAGCCAUGUGUUCUCCGGUUUCUAGCAAGCCGGGUAAUACGAGCAACGCAUCGACCAACGUGAUUGGCAGCGUGGUAUCUUGUUCUGUACACAACAGUUCUAUGCAGCCCGCGCAGUUUCAGUCUUCGACGAGUUAUAGCGAGCACCCGCUACCGAACAAGCCGCCCGGUAGUCUAGCGGUGGCUAGACCAGUAAUACCCCAACAGAGCAUUGAUAUGGGAACCGGUAUGGCGGCACAGUUCAAUAGGCCGGCGGUUUUUCAGGGUGAUCUGUCAACACGGAACGCGACGACGCACCAGCCGACGGCACACGUGAUACCAUCUACAUCGCAGCAGGCUCUGGACGUCAGUCUGUUCAAGGCGGCGAACAACAGCGGCGGCAGUUACGAGCACCCGAACGUGAAUUCCAACCUGUUGAAAAUGAUGCCAAACGAUAGUCAGAGUGGCGCCGGCCAUUCUCUUCUACCGUUUCAUCCUCAUAUGCAGAGUUUUGCUCAGACCAUCGCACCAUCCGCGUCUGUGAUCAACACCACCGUUAGUAUGUCAAGAUUGAACCCGCGCGCCCCUGACUUCUCCAGUUCGCUUCACCUGAGCAAUAAGCCGCAGGUGACGAUGUUCAAUGCCGCCGCCGCCGCCGCCGCCGCCGGAUCUGCAGGACUGCAUCCGGCCAACAUGUUCGCCGCCACUGUGCCGGCGCCACCGCCGUCCGCGAUACAGUCCAAUAAUCUGGCGAUGCUCGGCAAUUAUCCGCUGGGAAAAUAUCAAGCGCCCUCGCGAGCCACGCCGGUAGCGAACACUGGCAUCUCGACGACGGCUCAGACGACGGCCCGCUGGCCGUUCGCCACGCCGCCGGCGCCACACACCAGCUAUCCGCCGCACCAGGAUCCCAUGAUAAGCCAGAUGGGAUUCUCCAAUCAACUUGCCAACAUCGGCGGUCAACCUGGCGGUGGCAUUGAUUUGAUCACGAGCCUGGAGAACGGUGGCUCACCAGCUAUAUCCCCGUCGUCACCGGCGCAAGUCGCUCAGGAGAUGAGCCAACUGAAGAUUGAAGAUCGCAAGGUACCACGGCCGAUCGGUACCGAAAGAGCGACGUGGAAGAAUUACUCGGCAGCGGGAGUGGGCCCUGGUGGGGAUGCCGAUUCCAUUAAUUGGAUGCUGAACGAAAAGUUACCAUGGCCGAAUUGCAACCUGGCGCCUGGUAUCGACAGACAUCAGAUAUUUCGAUCGAAUCCCACUUACAACCAACGUAUAUCCAAUGUUGAGCCUGAGCUUCAUCAAAUAAUGGAAUCUUCCUAUCAGGGCCAUGUGAACACUCAGGCUUUCCCGGCUAACGGAAAUACGGCAUUGUCAAUUAUGCCAGCAUUGACGUUAUUGCCGGGACAAUUUGGAGAGUUGACAGAAAUCCCGCCGACUGAGCAGAAUAAGAUAGAUCCAUCGUGGGGAAUGUCCGAUGCCGUGCAAGACAAACAACAUUCGGCGUGGAAUAAAUGGACCCAUUAGAGAACCGAUUGCGCUGACACAGCUUCGACCUCUAAAUCUAACAUAUUUUCAUAUUUUGGAUCUGACGAUGAGAAAUGAAAAGAUAGUAAUAGCAAAAUAGUCUGGAUUGGAUCAAUUAUUUGUAGGCACAUAAAUUAUAUUACGAUCUUAUUAUAUUCAUUCAAACCCAGAUUCUCUCUUAAUAUUACUUGUCACACUAGAGGAUAAGACGACAAAUCCUUAAUUAUUCAAUUUAUUGCUAUUAAUAAUAUAUUUCCCGAGUUAAUUACAGAAUAUAAGAGGAGUAUCCAAGAGCGAGAGGAAAGAAAAAAAAGUCUGUGUCGGUUAAGGAAACCAAUGUGAGAUAAUAACAGCAUAAUUAUGACUUAAUUACCUCUGAUCCACGCCAUGCUUUUCUUAGCCGCUACAGACGCUUGCAUGCUCCGCUGUCAAUCAAUUAUUGAUCAGCAGGGACAUGCUACUCACCAACAAUCGAAUUAUAAUAAUGAUGAUUUCUCUUCCAUUAUUAAAAACAAUCUGAAUUUGCGAUAUUCGAAAUAUUUUGAAGCAUGUUCGCCAAAUUUAUCCAAAUAUGAUUCAGAUACGCAUAAAAUUUACGUUCUGCAUCGCCAUCGGUUUAGCUUUUACAGUAGCGGUAACUAAUGUUUAAAAUUUUGCUAGAGAUAAAUCGACAUUAUUAUGAAACAGAUGGUGGGAAACCAUUUCGAAGUGUAUUCGCCAGAUUUAUCACAACGAUCCAGUCGUACACGCAUAAAAUUAUGUUUUAAAUCGCUACUUCAGUAGCUCUGCAAUAGCGAUGAUAAACAUUGAUUAUCAAAGUGUCAGGGAUGAAUAUGAAUUAUUAUGGGAGACUAACUCUUACUUCAGAUUACGAUUGAUUUAAAUUAUGAGUUACGUUGAGGACAGCUGUGCUCCUGGCACGAUAUCGAACGAUAGGUGACAAAACUUACAUGUUACUAUUUAGAGCGCUGUAAAGAAACGCUGUAAUCUUACGGGCAUGAUACGGGCAUGAUACAAUCGUGUAAAUAAUUGCUUUGCAAAACGGAUGAUUCCGAUUACUUCCAUGCUACAAACUGAGAGAGAGAGAGAGAGUGAGAGAGAGGGGGGGGGGGGCAGUCCGAAUAAAAGACAAAAAGAAAGAUACAAAAGAAAUUUUGAGAUACCCAUUUGGCUUCAUCGAAUCUGAGUAUAUAUUACUCUUCUUCCACUUUUGCACUUACGCUUGAAUUCAUCACUGUCACUCUGCUGAGUCUUGGCUGUUGCUUUUAAACAGUGUCACUGAACAGAUAUUGUAGUAAUACUUACAUUUAAGAAGAAACUAAGAGAAGAACGGUCCUUCGCGCUGUAGAUUCUCAAUUGUCGAUUACCUCCAAUAUAACAUUUAAAGAGCGUCCGUUUCGCAUAGUCGAACGACUGUAUAGACCUUUUCCCAUCAACGAGUGUACGCUGGGGUUGCGUCAUUAAAAAUCGAUCGAAAGAUCCGAAUAAAAACAAAGAUGAUAAGCGACAUUGUCCCAACCGAUUGCCAGAUUAAAUCGGGGGUUUCCGUUGUAGCCACAUUCUGGUAUAUAUUUACAUCUUUGCAUUUGUUUGUAGGUCAAGUUCUUUAUCGAAUACGAACGAAUACGCCGUAAUAUGAAUAUCGCGUUCUGUUCCAAGCAGAUCUAUCGGACACAGAUUGUCAUAUGAUCGUAGCGAAUUUUUGUCGAGCUCACUAACACGCGGAACACGAAAAUUCUAUACGUAUCGUUACACCAUGCGUAAUUGACCAGAUUCUCGGGAAAAUCGAAUUUAUGUAAAAGCGUUACAAGAGAGAUGUGUCACGAAUCGAAUACGCAACGUACUAAUAAUAUAUUAUAUAAUACCGAAUCCUAUUCAGAUCAAUGAAUACUGUUCAUUGUAAAAGUGGUAGUGGGCCGCCAACGCAUGAGGAUAUAGCCGUGCGUCCCUAGUGCGACAGUGCUAUUAUAAUAUUAUUAUUGCUGUGGUGGUGUAAUAAUGUUUAUUAUUAUAUUAUGGUUAUUAUUACACGCAAAACGUAACUAUAGGAAAGAAAGAAAAAAAGAAAAAAAAACAGGUACAUAGAGAGAGAGAGAAAGAGAGAGAGAGAGAGGGCGGGAGGGAGGAGUAGAAAGAAAGAGAGAAACGUCACCCCCUGCUAUCUCGGCUGGACUUAGUAAUGAUAUAAUAAUAUUAUAUAGAUACACACACUCGGAUAUAUAAAAUGUUCAUUUCGAUUGAACAUUUGAAAAUCUUUCUUGGUGGGGAUUUCGGCAAGUGUUCAAUACAUAGCGACGAUAUACUAUAAUUGAAACGGUCCCCACACGCGCGUAAGUUUCAAUGAGAUGAUUAAUGAUGAUGAUACUGAUGAGAGGAUAAUGAUGAUGAUAAUGAUAUGAAGCUCAUGGAAAACGUACGAGGGCUUUUUGACCUAUAUUCCAGGGAGCGCUUCAAUUAUUCUCUAAGGAUAUAUUGUUAUAAUUUAAAGCCUAUUUUCAAAUUUGAUUUAUGAUAACUGCGAUAUAUGAUAUAAAACUAUUAUAUGACAUAUAACAAUAAAGCAAAUAAAUAAAUAUAACGACGACGAAAUUCAUUGCGGCCUUCUUCAUUGUGUUCACCCCUAAUUCACGUUUCUUCUUUAAAGCUUU